AGUAGAGCUGUUGUUCAAUUAUUGUUGUACGGUAUCGGUAUGUCGUUUUUGUACGGUAAAAGUCUGCAAGAUGCAAUUGAAGAAGAGAGUGGGAGUAGUGAAGAAGAUUAUGACAGUGAUAAAGAUAAAGAAUUCCAUCCAAGUGCCCUUGAUUACAACUCUGAAGAUUCAGAUACUGGAUCAUUGAGAGGACAGCCUGAGCCCUCGGGAUUGCAGUGCAUCUCAAUAUCUCCAGAGGAUCAGCCUGCUGAUGCUCUACUACUGCUACAGACAACUGAUCUGCCACACACCACUGCCUCUCUUCACAACGCUGAUGAUCAACACAACGCUGAUGUUCUACACAACGCUGAUGUUCUACACAACGCUGAUGUUCCACACAACGCUGAUGUUCCACACAACGCUGAUGUUCCACAAGAUGGUGAUGUUCCACACAAUGCUGACAAUGUUCCACACGACGCUGAUGAUACACCACCUCUAAAACCUCGUAAGAGAAUGAGAAAACCAGAUUGUACAAAACAAUCCACAGCCAAAAGAUUAAGAAAUUCAGGUAAAGAGUACCUUAAUUAUAAAGGUGUGUUAGUUCACAGAAAGAACUUCAUUAAUAAAAACUGUAAUUGCCGCCUCAAAUGUUUUGAUUCAGUGACUGAAGAGCAACGACAUGCUAUUUUCAAUAGCUUUUAUGGUAUGUCUGAUUUUUCUAGACAAAAUGCUUAUCUUACUGGACUCAUUCACAUAGGUCAAGUAGCUGUGAGAAGAAAAGACAAUCCUUUCAAAAUCAUGUAUAAGACCCGCCUUGAUGAUGAUGAACCAUUUCUGACUUUGGAUUUGCAUCCAAAACCAGUUAAAGGUCGACCAAAAACAACUCUACCCAAGCCAGAUCAACUCUACACAGAGCAACGUAUCAUCAAUGUACUGAAGAAAAGGGAUAUGUUAUUCCUCCUCAAAUACAUUCCUCCAGUGUAUCACCCAUACUUCAAGAACAUCAAAAGUUCCAACAAUGCUGAAGAAGUAACCUUUCUUGAUGAUGGCGAAGAUGAUGAUGAACUUUUAAAUACAUAA